AUGAAAUCCGGAUCCACUUCUGAGAUCAGAGAAAGAGCAGCUCAUGUAUUUUUACGGAAGUUACGUAAUAAUAGAUAUAGUGGUAACAAAGAUUCAUCAAGUAAAAAAUCAAAAUCGUAUACUGGUGGGGAAGGACCUUUAUCUCAUGAUAUAAUUCAUGAAUCCAACACAAAAAUUGCAAAUGACGAAAAUAAAUGA